CUAUGGCAAGGAGCGCUGUAAGAGAUCUCGAUCCCCAAAACGACCUCCAGUUUUUGAGAAUCAGGUCGCGACAGCACGAGAUUUUGGUCGCACCAGACAACGAUUUCACAUUGAUUGUGAUUCAAGAUCCGACGUCUCACGAAUGACCACGGCACGGCCAGUGAGGAGGAGAGCUGCCAGACUCAGUUGGAGCAUCGUGCGCCAAAGCGGGUGGCCGCGUGCGAUGCUGUCCACCCGCAAUCUCCCUUUGAUCCUCCGGGAUCCUGAAGCAGGUCUGCACUAGAAAGGCAUCUUUUUUCAUCACCUGAGUUUCUUAAGAGAGAUUGAUGUCACCUGUUAAGAAGUGGAUUCGAACCACUGACACAAGGAUCGAAGAAGAGGUCAACGGUGUGGUGGCAGUCCCCUCUGUUGUCGUCCUGCUCCAGUCCACCUUCAUGCAGAGAUCUCCUCCGUCAACUCAACGAAAUGACACAAGAGCAGCAGCCAAUCUGCUGUUCUUGGGCAGUCAACACAUUUGCGACAAGCUUAGUGGACUCAACAACAACUCCAAUUGCACAAAUGCCCUCCCUGACCAUCACAACAUCACAACCGUUGUUAUCAUCAUCUCACUAGUCAUCACGAGCAUUGUCAUCAUCAGCAUUGCCAUAUGCCUAAUCCACAAAAUGGAAGCUGGAGAAUUUCAGAGGUACACUCUAGCAGAAUCCACGUGAUACAAAGAUGUGGGCGCUGCAACCACCUUAAGCCACCACUAGCUUUCAUGACUUCCCACACCCAUAAGUUUUCAGUUGGCCUGUUAGAUUGAUGAUCCGAGCGCUUUCUUCAGAAGUUGGCCCACCUUUUCAGGAGCUUGUGGCGGUUCAGCUCGUUAAAAGAGUUCGGUUGCAGGCUACAAGCAAUAUGUUAAAGGGCCCCGAUUCACUCAGGAGGCUUUCCUCUGGGUGUUGGAGGUCAUGGCGGCCUCCRGACCAUGUCUUUUUCGUUUUUCUUUGCGAGCAACAGGACCCAGUGCCCAAACCAUCUUUUCAUGAUAGAGAAAUCAUUGAAUGAAUGACUUUUGACUCUUUGAGUUUUCACUGAUAAGGAAAGGGAAAAAAGAACAAAAGAAAAGAAAAUCCUGAACUGAUAACAGUCCUGGUUUGGCUGAGGGCAAAUUCAAUGGGCCUCCUGUUCCUGAUGGCAAGUCAGAUACUGGACUUCAGCCUGUCCUGUCCUGUCCUGUCAGAGUAAUUUUGUCAGAGAGUUUUU